UACAACCCCCGGCGUGCAGCGGGCAGGGCGGAGCCGCCGCCGCGCCGCCGCUGCCGGCGAGCUCGGCCGGGGCCGCGGCCGAAGGGAGCGGAGCGGAGCGCGCUCCCCGCCUGGUCAUUCCUGUUGAGCCCAGCCUUGCCCUUUACUCAGGAGCACGUGUACAGCCGCUCUUGCAGAGCUUGCAGAAAUUAGGGCUGGAAAUCAGGAAGUGAGCCAGGACAUUGGGUCUGGUGCCCACAGAAAGACGAGCCUUGCUGUAAAGCUGCAGCUCCUCAGCCCCACAGCCAGGGCUCAGUCCCCCAUCCAACAGCAGUUGUGUCCUCUCCCUCGAUUUGAGGGACAAGAGGAGCAGGGAAGUGCCUGACCACCGUGUUGCUGCAUUCCAGCCCGUUUGUUUGCUGCCCUUCCUGCCUGAUGGAGCCAGCACUGGCUGAGGACCCUCCUCGAGGUGCCGGGCUGAGCCUGGUGCAGGAGCACUAGUGGGACGUGGGCAGUGGCGUGUGCCACCCACAAAGGACAAUGGCUCAGGGCACUGGGAGCAUCAACAGUGACUACAAGGACUGGGAAUGGAGUGACGAUGCUGGUGAACGGGCCAGGCUCCUGCAGAGCCCUAGUGUGGAGACGGUGCCCAAAAAUUCAGAGAGCCAAGGAAACAGUCUGGGGGCCACGUCGGCUCUGGGAGCUGUCUUCAUUGUGGUCAAUGCUGCUCUCGGGGCUGGGCUGCUCAACUUCCCUGCUGCCUUCAGCAUGGCUGGUGGUGUGGCUGCAGGCAUCACCCUGCAGAUGUGCAUGCUGAUCUUCAUCAUCGGAGGCUUGGUCAUCCUGGCAUACUGCUCGCAGGCCAGCAACGAGCGCACCUACCAGGAGGUUGUGUGGGCUGUCUGUGGGAAGGUGCCCGGGGUGCUGUGCGAGGUGGCCAUCGCUGUCUACACCUUUGGCACCUGCAUCGCCUUCCUCAUCAUCAUUGGAGACCAGCAGGACAAGAUCAUUGCUGCUCUGGUGAAGGAGCCUGAGGAAGUCGGGGGCAGCCGCUGGUACACAGACCGCAAGUUCACCAUCAGCAUCACGGCCUUCCUGCUCAUCCUGCCCCUCUCCAUCCCCAAAGAGAUUGGCUUCCAAAAAUAUGCCAGCUCCCUCAGUGUGAUUGGCACAUGGUAUGUCACAGCAGUCAUCAUCAUCAAGUACAUCUGGCCUGACAAGGAGCUGGUGCCUGUGGAGAUCCCCACCAGCCCCUCCACCUGGACAGCUGUCUUCAAUGCCAUGCCCACCAUCUGCUUUGGGUUCCAGUGCCACGUGAGCAGCGUGCCAGUCUUUAACAGCAUGAAGCAGCCAGAGGUGAAGACCUGGGGGGCAGUGGUGACAGCAGCCAUGGUGAUUGCUCUCUUCGUCUACACAGGCACUGGCAUCUGUGGCUUCCUAACCUUUGGAGCUGGCGUGGAGCAGGAUGUCUUGAUGUCCUACCCCUCCAAUGACAUCCCUGUUGCCCUCGCCCGGGCUUUCAUCAUCCUCUGUGUGCUGACAUCCUACCCCAUCCUGCACUUCUGUGGCCGGGCUGUCUUGGAGGGUCUCUGGCUCCGCUAUACCGGGGUGACAGUGGAGGAGGACGUGGUUCGGGAGCGGAGGAGACGCCUGCUUCAGACCAUCAGCUGGUUCCUCCUGACACUCCUUCUGGCUCUUUUCAUCCCUGACAUUGGCAAAGUCAUCUCUGUCAUUGGGGGCUUGGCUGCCUGCUUCAUCUUUGUCUUCCCAGGGCUCUGCCUGAUUCAAGCCAAGCUCUCUGAGAUCCAAGAAACCAGGGCAAUCAGCUGGUGGGCCCAGGUCAGCUAUGGGGUGUUCAUGGUCACCCUUGGAGCCUUCAUCUUUGGACAGACCACUGCCAAUGCCAUCUUCGUGGAUCUUACAGCCUGACGCCUCCAGGCUGGACUGCACUGCUGCUGCUGAGGGGAUGGAGAUUUCCCCUGGGACCAAAGGGAAGUGGGAAGAAAACAUGUUGGUGUGUUGGGAAGAUCCAGGAGAACUGUUGUGACUUGGGGCUUGGCUGAACAAGCCCUGCGAUGGUUUGUAUCUCAUUGUCUUAAGGCUGCAGGCAGUCAGGCUUCUCUCAGCCCUGGCUCCCUGGUGAAGCCAGAGCAACACUACAAGGGGACCUGUCAUCCAGGGCAAGCUCUUUCUGCCCCUGGGAGCAGACAUCACUCCCUUAGACAUCACUAAGGGGUCAGGGUGGGGGUUUGCAAAGCCGUGCUGCUCUCACCUGUGUACCCUUGUGCUGGUGGAGCUCCUCUCCCCAGGUAAAACUCCUUCUCCCAGCUUUGGAGAGAGAAGCAGUGUUCUGCAUAAAGGGAAACAGUAAUCAUGUUUAUCAGACAGGGAGACACCCCACAGUCCUGUUCUGUGUCAAUGUUUGGUUUGAACUCUGGUUUCCUGCCAGUUUCCUGCCCCAUCUGUCACAUCUCCCUCUGCCUGGGCUGCAGUUUGUGUUACAAAGGGUUGUCUUCAGCCUGUUUGGGUUUUUUCUUUUGAGGAUCAGAAUGACCCUGGGGUAGGGACAUGCCAGUGCAAUGUUUUCCUUGCCAGGGGUUGCUCACUCAGUAGAGAAGCUGCUAUGACUGCAUCAGCCUACUGAAGACACUACAAUAGAGCAAAGCUCUUCUGCAGAUUUACAAUCCCGUUCUUCCAGGUGUCCAGGAAAUGGGACUGGGCCAGGUUUUAAGGGGUGCUUUUGGGAUAAAGCAGUCAGUAUUCAUUUGUUUUUAUUGUUCUCUUGGUCAUUUGCACUCCCUAUGGCUGGUGUUGCUCUGGGCUGUCCCUCUGUUGCCUGUCUGGAUGAUAGUUUCAUUCCUGCUUUUUCUGGGUUGAGCAGUUCCCCCAGCUGCAGAUUUGGUUGGGGGUGUUAAACCUCAACAGCAACGUUCUCUUAUUCUGUCUUUGAGUUUCUUUUUAUGUUGUUUGGCCUCUAAAACCUUUGGGGAGGGAGGAAUUCAGGUAUAGCUGUUGAUGCAUCUGUGACGAGGGUUCAGCCCAGAUUUGUGCAGAACCUGGCCCUGCACCUCCUGCAUCUUUUGGAAUCAGCAGAGGCUGUUGUGGUGAAGGAGAACCAUGGCUUGUGCUCCUACACUUCUCAACGUGGCUCUCCUUUGGCAGCCAGUGGCUGCAGGAGGGGUGACAGCACGUGGGUGCUUUCCCAUGUGGAAACGUUUGGUCUUUCCUUCCUAACACUGCGUGUAAAUGGGGACCUCCCCACUGCUGCCUGGGACAGGGAGAUCAGAUGGAGAAGGAGGAAGAAAAGCCCUAAGCACAGCAGGAAUGUUUGAGAGGUGCUCUGAAGGCACAGAUCCCUCCUGCCUCUCCCAAGGGAUCUCCAGCAUCUGUGCCCUCAUCUUCUGACAAAACCAGGCUCCACCAAACCCCCACUUGAUGGCUCUGGCAGUGUCCCGAGCCCCUUUGCCAGGCUCCUGCAGGAGCUGGGGCUUAAAGAAGAUGGCCAGUUGUCCUGGAUGUGGGGAGCACAGAGCCACCUCCCCUGGAGCCCAGAAGAGAUGCUCAGCAGGUGCCAAAGCCAGAAUGCCUCCCAGUGCCCACCCUGCAGGAACCUGGUACCUGGUGGGUCUUGUGGCUCUGGCUUUGCUGAAGGUGUGCCAGGCAUGAGGAGGUCCCUUGGCCGGAGUGCACGAGGACACAGUGUCUCAUGUCACCUGGGAAGCACCUGGGCUGCCUUGGUGCCCUGCAGAGCCCCCGUGGCCGAGGGCUGGGCCGGUCUGGGGGUGCUGCGGCCGUUCCUGUUUGCCUUACUGCUCCCCUGUUUACAAACACUGGCCUUUUAAUAUGUAUUUUGUACAUGCAGAAAGUGGAGGGAACUCAACUCAAUAAAAGUGGCGUUGUGGUGAUGCGUGCGUCGGGCCAGCACGAGGUGGUUUCUGUGGUUUCUGUGGGUGGGAUGCAGGGAUGAAGCCGUAUCCCGAAAUGCCAUCCCAGCUCUCCGAGCUUUGGGAUGGGCGGUGUGAAAAACGCCAGUCACUUCUUUUUGAAAUAUUAAAAGUUUAAUAGUAAUACAAUGGUUAUAAAAAUAGUAAUAUAAUUAGAAUAAUAAAAUUUGAACAUUCGAGAUUAGGAGAAUAUGAGACAAUAAAAACAAAGAGAUACGGACGUCCGGGUACCUUUUUCUGGGCAACACAAACCCAGAGGAUUAACCCUUAAAAACAAUUGCCUGUUGCAUAUUCAUACAUCUCAUACAUGAUGCAUAAAUUCCAUUCAAACACAG